UCUCGACUCCUCGUCGGCUCGCCUCCCUUCGCCAUCGCCGAUCUCUCACCUCGCCGCCUCCUCCGCCGCGCGCCGCCGCCAUGGCGCAGUACCACCUCAGCGCGCAGCUCCGAGGCCACGAGGACGACGUUCGUGGCAUUUGUAUCUGCGGUGAUGUUGGGAUUGCAACAUCCUCAAGAGACCGGACAGUGAGAUUCUGGACACAGCACCCAGAAAAGAAGCAUGAAUAUGUUCUCUCGAGGACUCUUGUUGGACAUUCCAGUUUUGUGGGACCAUUGGCUUGGAUCCCUCCUUCAGAUCGCUUUCCUGAAGGAGGACUUGUUUCUGGUGGAAUGGAUACUCUUGUUUUGCUCUGGGAUUUGCAUAAAGGAGAAGUUGCUGAGACUAUGAAGGGGCACACUUCACAAGUUACUGGACUUGCUGUGGACAACAACGGUGAUGUCAUCUCUUCAGCCAUGGAUUGCACUUUAAGACAGUGGAGAAAUGGCAAUGCUGUAGAGGUUUGGGAAGCUCACAAGGUUGCUGUGCAAACUGUUAUGAAGCUGCCAUCUGGAGAACUGUUUACUGGUUCAAGUGAUUCCACAAUUAAGCUUUGGAAAGGAAGAACAUGUCUACAUACAUUCACCGGGCAUGCAGAUACUGUACGAUGUUUAGCAGAAAUGCCAGGGCUUGGGAUCCUCUCUGCCUCGCAUGAUGGCACUAUUAAGAUGUGGGCAUUAACUGGUCAGCCCCUGUUGGAGAUGAUUGGACACACUUCUCUUGUGUAUUCUGUGGAUGCACAUUCAUCUGGGCUAAUUGUUAGUGGUAGUGAAGAUCGCUCUGUGAAGAUAUGGAAAGAUGGGGUAUGCGUUCAAAGCAUUGAACACCCAGGUUGCAUAUGGGGUGCUAAAUUCUUGCAAAAUGGAGAUAUUGUAACUGCAUGCUCUGAUGGAAUCGUGAGGAUUUGGACAACCGACAAUAAUAGGUUUUGCAGUGAGGAUGAGCUUGCAGCUUUUACAGAUCUUAUUUCUCAGUAUGCACUUAGCAGAAAGACUGUUGGUGGAUUGAAGUUAUCAGAUCUACCAGGAAUUGAGGCACUGCAAGUUCCAGGGAACUCUGAAGGUCAGACGCUGAUUGUUAGAGAAGGGGACAAUGGUGUUGCUUAUUCUUGGAAUUCGAAAGAGCUAAAAUGGGACAAAAUUGGCGAAGUCGUGGAUGGACCUGGGGAUGCUGCAGCUGCACCAGGCCAGUUUCUUGAUGGUGUUCACUAUGAUUUUGUUUUUAAUGUUGACAUUGGAGAUGGAGAGCCAAUGAGAAAGCUACCCUAUAAUCGAUCAGAUGAUCCAUACGCAGUUGCGGACAAAUGGCUUCUGAAGGAGAAUCUCCCUUUGACAUAUCGCCAACAAGUGGUAGAAUUUAUACUGCAGAAUUCUGGCCAGAAUACUUAUGUUCCAGAUCCAUCUUUUCGGGACCCCUACACUGGGGCUAAUGCAUAUGUACCUGGGCAAUCAGCCUCGCCAACUGUUAGUGCUCCUAAACAAACUUUCAAGCACAUACCAAAGAAAGGAAUGCUGACAUUUGAGACGGCGCAGUUCGAGGGAAUUCUAAAGAAGCUCUCUGAAUUCAAUGCAACACUUUCGUCUAAUUUGGAACAGAAGCAACUAUCCUUGUCUGAGACUGAGUUGUCAAGAUUAGCUGCUGUAGCAAAAGUAUUGAAAGAAACAUCAUUUUAUCAUACAAGUAAGCUUGCAGAUGCUGACAUGACCUUGUUGUUAAAAAUGCUGAAGUCUUGGCCUGCACAAAUGAUGUUUCCAGUUAUUGAUUUUCUGAGGAUGUUUGUGUUGCAUCCUGAUGGUGCCACUCUACUUCUCAGGACAAUCGAAAGUGGAAAUGAUGUACUUGCUGAGACUUUCCGUAAGGUUGUAACAUCACCUGUGCAACCACCAAAUGUGCUUACUACCCUUAAGGCAGUUACUAACUUAUUUGACAAGCCAUGCUUGCACCAAUGGUUGAGAAUCCACUGUGCUGAGAUUAUUGAUUCUGUAUCAAGCUGUAAGCCGACUUUUAGCAAGAAUGCUCACGUGGCAUAUUCCACACUUUUACUCAAUUAUUCUGUUCUUUCGAUCGAAGCAAAGGAUGAACAAAGUCAGGCGCAAAUACUUUCUGCUGCCCUUGAAAUCGCUGAAGACGACACCCAAGAUGCUGAUUCAAAAUACCGGGCCCUCGUUGCGAUUGGCUCUCUAAUGUUGAAUGGUCUAGUGAAGUCCAUUGCUCUAGAUCUUGAUGUUAAGAGCGUUGCAAGCAGUGCAAGAACUUCGAAGGACUCGAAGAUCGCUGAAGUUGGAGCCGACAUCGAGCUUUUAACAAGAUGAUAAGAGGAUCCAAGACUCGCAGAGUUGGUGGAAUUACUGGAGGGUGGAGGCGACAUUGUUGAUGUUCAGGUGGAGCCGGCACUCGUGCAGUGAGGCAGUGUAGUGUUAGCCCAUGCGACUGGUGUGGCACCGGGGUACUCCAGGAGUAACAUAGGUUGCCGAAGUGUCAGGUUUGCAACUUGGUUGCAUAUGUUGCACCCGCCUUGUUGUAACAAAACAGCAUGUGAGUUGAACAGCAGGGUAGGUGCAAAGUUGAAUUAUCCGGGGAUGUUUACGUGGAUGAUGAGCAGAUAGAUAGGUAUGAAUCUUGACAUUUUUUUACCCCGAAAUGCAAUCUCAAUUCAAUUCUUUCA